GUCGGGUGUGAGAAGAUGUCCUGAAAUUCGCUUUUUUUUGCAUCUUUAGAGACACUUUUAUCGAUUCGGGGUGGAUUUCACUGGUUUAACGUUGGAGAUUAUAUCGCUCACUUACUGUUUUUGUUCUCAGAAGGUGAGUUUUUGCCGCCAAAGAGCCAGUCGGGUAUCAGAAUGCACUCCGUGAAGGUUGGAUAUUUGUCUUUGGUUGCGUCCAGAGCUCUCGGAUCAAGCAGAGUUUCUCGCUCAGACCUCAUCAAAGUGUCGGCAGGCUGCGGAGUUCGUUAUUCUGCCCAUCAGGCUCGCUUUUGCCAGACAGCAUCGACGCCGGAAGAAACAGUGGUGAUCCGUGUUCCUCGGUAUCUGCAGCAGCGCGUUGAAAACCUGAAGCAGGUUCGAGGCAAGAAUACGAUCAGAACCAUCAAAGCCGGCAAACUCCUCAUCCAAAGCAAAAACCCUGUCCUGAACCAGUCUGUGGGUUACAUCCUGGGAAAGUUCGAGCAACCAACCCUCUGCUCCAAAGGAUGGAAACACUACAAAUCAUUCGGGGACUACUUCACCAUCAACAGCACCAAAGCUGUUGCGCCUUACGUUGCUGGGAAUCAGAAGGAGGACGCUAGUCAGAAACCAUUAGCAACAUUUGACAGGUUCCACAUCUCCAAAGAACUGGUGGAAACACUGGACAGCAUUGGCAUCACUCAUCCUACCACUGUACAGCUGCAGACCAUCCCGAAGGUCAUGAGAGGUCAUAAUAUACUCUGUGCUGCGGAGACGGGCAGUGGGAAGACACUGUGUUACCUCCUGCCUAUUGUUCAGAGGCUACUCACUGCCAAGCAAUCUCAGAUUACAGAGGAGACCUCAAAGAACGUUAGCGCUUUGAUUCUUGUGCCUUCCAGAGAGCUUGCUGAGCAAGUAGCAAGCGUGUCCAGAGCUCUGUGUGAUCCAUUUGGCCUUGUCACACAGACUUUAGGAGGUGGGCAAGGUGUAGGACACAUCAAGAUGACUUUCCAGAGGGACCCUGCAGAUAUUUUAGUGUCUACACCAGGUGCUCUUAUAAAGGCUUUGCGCAGACGUUACCUGGAUUUGAAUGAGUUGAGCUUCUUUGUGGUGGAUGAGGCUGACACCAUGUUCGACCCCAGCUUCUCUGACAUGCUGGAAAAGAUCCUGCAGCAUACCAACAUUGCUCGUGGCCCUAAAGACACAGAGGGCCUUGAUCAUAAAGCUCAGCUGCUGGUGGUGGGGGCAACCUUCCCAGGUGGGGUUGGAGAAUUACUCAACCAGGUGACAGAUCUUGGCACGAUUGUGGUAAUCAGGAGUAAGAUGCUGCAUUAUCUCAUGCCUCAUGUCAAACAGACAUUUUUGAAGGUGAAAAGUAGCGAUAAAGUCCUGGAACUCCACCAAGCCUUGAAGAUGCUCCAACAAGAGAAACCCGGGAGUGCUGCUUUAGUGUUCUGCAACAAGUCUGCCACUGUCAACUGGUUGGGCUACUCGCUUGAUGAGAUGGGAGUUGAGCACGCACGCCUGCAAGGGGAGAUGCCCGCUGCCGUGCGCGCAGGGAUCUUUCGCUCCUUCCAGAAGGGCACGGUGGACGUGCUGGUAUGCACAGACAUCGCUUCACGUGGUUUAGACACAUCUCGAGUGCACUUGGUUGUGAAUUAUGAUUUCCCAGAAUCCCACACAGACUACAUUCACCGAGCAGGGAGAGUUGGGAGAGCAGGAGGGGCAGAGGAUGGGACGGUGCUCAGUUUCGUCACUCAUCCCUGGGAUGUGGAGCUGGUGCAAACGAUUGAGACCUCUGCAAGACGGAGAACGACUUUACCCGGGAUGGAAUCAGAAAUACACGAGCCAAAGCCAAAAGUAGAGGACGCAGAAAAGUAGAUGUUUUGUUUCUCUGAAGGUGUUAAAAAGUAAAUCAAUAACAAGUGAGUUGGUAUUUAAGAUCAAUAAAUGUGCCCCGUUUAUGUUCAACUUUCUGUGAAUAGAAGUUAUGCACAUUUUUUGUAUAACACUGCACAUUAAAAUAUUGUCAUUUUGGGUUAUUUAACAUGAAGUAAGGAAUAUUUUUGAUAUUUACGUAGUACCAUUGUGUUAUAUUGCAUUCUUUUAAAGCACUGAUGAACAGUUCUGAUCUGGGAUUAUUUCCAAAAUAUUGUCGUUAUUGUUCAACAAUGUUUUUGUUGUAAUUUAAAAGGUGUCAUGUAUUU